AUGAAAUUAUUGAAUAUUUCCGAAUUGCAAUUAACCCAGAAGGUUGAAGAGCUUAAUUAUAUUAUUAAAACUGCUAUAAGUAGCUUAUCAUUAUUGUUACAAAUGUGGGAUGCUGAUAAUUUAUCAAAUUUGCAAGAGAUUGCGUAUGAUAGUGAUUUUAUAGAGAAUUCAUAUGAUGUUUCUCAAUCAUAUUUAUUAUCUUUAAUUAAAGAAAAUGAAUAUUCUGAUGUACAAGAGACUUGUAUAUCAGCACUUUUUUGUAUAAUGCUUGAAUUGGAAUUUGCAAGAUUCUAUAUAAUGUUAGUACCACUUCGAUGGUGUAAAGAUGAAAAAAAUAAUAUUCAAAGAUCUGUAGACAAAAAGCUUCGGUAUAAUAAAUCUAUGAGUCUAGCGAAGCAAGCUGUUAUAUUACAGAAUGGCGAUGCAAAUGACAAUAAAUUAGAUAUUCUCUUAAAAAAUUAUAUUGAAAAGAAGACUCUUCAACGUAAAAAGAAAACUAAAGAAAGAGAAUUGCGAAUUCAUAAAGAAAAUUAUAGUUCAGGAAAUGCUUUAGCUAUAGAAACUAACAAUGGUCAACUAAUUUCUAUUGAAAAAGUUGCAAAUCUGUUAAAUCAUAUUGGAAAAGAAGCUCUACGCAAGAAAUGGCUUAAAGGUGUACAAGAAAAUUAUCAGCCAAAAAAGAGUAAAGGGCCUACAAAAAUAAGAGUUUGUGGGUUUUGUCAUGAACCUAACCAUUAUCAAA